CCUCAUAAUUUGAACGGUCAAUUCUUUUACGAGUCAGUCAGUCGUGUUGCGCGAACUCAGUUUUGUUUUUCCAAAUAGCGCCCAUCUUUGAUUAAUUCUUUUUUUUUUUUAUUUUAAAAUUCCACAGAACUUUCUCUACUACAAACAUCUAUCCAGCUCUAUAAAUAUCACUUACAUGUGCCCUUCAUUUUUCAUCGCCUAUUGUUACAACCACCCAACACCUACUUUCUCAUUCUCAUAGCAUAACUUAGCAGCCACAACUCUCUCUCUCUCUCUCUCUCUCUCUCUCUCUAGAUUUCUGAAAAAAAAAACUCUGAUAUCUCUCUCUCUCUCCAUGGAUCCUCCUGUUAAUGUGCCUAGAUGGACACCAAGUCCUAGCCCAACAAGAACCCAUCUAAAGGAGCCCAUAAGAAAGGACAGUGUUGAGAGUGUUGGCACAGAAAGCUUUGCUUCAGAGGAAGAUGACAUGUCAUUCGACACCGGAAUUUCAAGCUUCCCAUUCAGCACCACUUCCCAUUCUAAUAGUACUACCAGUCUUCCGCCACAUCAUCAAUAUGUUGGUCCUAAUAUUACUAAUAAUGGCCGAUCCACUAGUCCUCCACCGCCUGUAGUACCACCUCGUCCUCGUUUUGUUCCUAAUACUAGUGUUUCUACUAGUCCGCCACAAGCGCUGUCGCUGAGGGUUGAUGAUUCCGAUAUCAAACGGUCGUUGGAGGUGGACCAACGAGUAGCUGUGGCGCCGGUUGUACUGCCCCAUUUCAAAGCGCCAUCUCUGAGGGUUGAUGAUUCUGAGAUCAAACGGUCGUUGGAGGUGGAACAACCUGUCACGGUGGCACCGGUUAGGAGGGCGGAAGAGAAAGUGAUCCGGUUUGAUGAUGAUGCUCCUUUGAAAUCAUCAAGGGGUAGUGGUAUUUACAUGACAUGGAAGGAUUUGUGGGUGACGGUGCCGGACAAGAAAGGCCGUCGCCGCCCUAUCUUGCAGGGGCUCACCGGGUACGUUGAACCCGGUGAGGCUUUGGCCAUCAUGGGACCUUCUGGUUGUGGCAAGUCUACCCUUCUUGAUACGUUGGCAGGAAGAUUAGGUUCCAACACGAUGCAGACUGGAGAAAUCUUCAUCAACGGUCGUAAACAAUCGCUUGCCUUUGGCACUUCGGCCUAUGUGACACAAGAUGAUACAUUAAUGACGACAUUAACAGUAAAAGAAGCAGUGUAUUACUCAGCUCAGCUUCAACUUCCAGACACCAUGUCAAGAUCAGAGAAGAAGGAAAGAGCAGAGGCCACAAUAAGAGACAUGGGCCUGCAAGAUUCCAUGAACACAAGAAUUGGAGGGUGGACGAAAAAGGGUCUGAGUGGUGGACAAAAGCGAAGAGUCAGCAUUUGCAUUGAAAUCUUGACCCGCCCAAAGCUCCUCUUCCUGGAUGAGCCCACCAGUGGGCUAGACAGUGCAGCCUCUUUCCACGUCAUGAACCGUAUUAUCAAACUUGCCAAACAGGACGGAAGGACAGUCAUUGCUUCUAUCCAUCAACCUAGCAGUGAAGUCUUUGAACUCUUCCACAAUCUCUGCCUGCUCUCCUCUGGCAGGACUGUCUAUUUUGGUUCCACUUCAGCCGCAAAUGAGUUUUUUGCUAUAAAUGGCUUCCCAUGUCCAUCUAUGAGGAAUCCAUCUGAUCACUACCUCAGAACAGUCAACAAGGACUUUGAUACUGACAUUGAACAAGGAUUUGGCGGGAAAACAAGCACAGUGGAAGCUAUAAACAUUCUUGUCAAGUCAUACAAGUCAUCAGAAGCUUGCCAGCAAGUUCAACACCGAGUAGACCAGAUAUGCCAACAGAAUGGAGGAACAUUGGAGAAGAAGGGAAGCCAAGCCGGCUUCAUCAAUCAAUGCCUUGUUCUUACUAGGAGAUCUUUCGUGAAUAUGUAUCGCGAUCUUGGCUAUUAUUGGCUUCGUCUUGCAAUUUACAUGGCCUUGUGCUUGUGUGUGGGGACUAUUUUCUAUGACAUUGGAUCAACUUAUGGUUCAAUUCAGGCUAGAGGCUCAAUGCUCAUGUUUGUUGGAGCAUUCUUGACUUUUAUGGCCAUUGGUGGAUUUCCUUCUUUUGUGGAGGACAUGAAGAUUUUUACGCGGGAAAGAUUAAAUGGGCACUAUGGAGUGGUUCCAUUUGUUGUGGGGAACACAUUUUCUUCCAUUCCUUAUUUGCUAUUGAUCUCCGUGGUACCUGGAGCAAUGGCUUAUUACCUUGUUGGGCUUCAAAAGGGAAUUGACCAUUUUAUCUUCUUUGCUCUGCUGCUCUUCGGCUGCAUGAUGCUGGUGGAAAGCCUCAUGAUGAUCGUGGCUAGUAUCGUGCCAGAUUUUCUGAUGGGCAUCAUCACCGGGGCAGGAAUCCAAGGCGUGAUGAUGUUGAAUGGAGGCUUUUUCCGACUGCCAGAUGAUCUCCCCAAGCCAUUCUGGAGGUACCCAAUGUACUACGUCGCCUUCCACAAGUACGCGAAUCAAGGGUUCUACAAGAAUGAGUUCAUAGGACUGUCAUUCCCUAACGAGCAGGUAGGAGGGCCAACCACCAUUACAGGGGACCAAAUACUGAGAAACUUUUGGCAAGUCGAGAUGGGUUACUCUAAGUGGGUAGAUUUUGCCAUAUUGAUAGGAAUGGUGGUCCUUUAUAGGUUCAUGUUUGUGGCAAUUUUGAAGACUGUUGAGAAGGUUAAGCCCAUGAUCAGAGCUCUUCUCGCCCCUUCUCCUAAGAACUCAACUCAAAUGGAAGAUCCCACUUCAUCACCUUGACAUGAAUCAAGAAUGCCUUUUCAAUUAAUUUUAUUUGUAAGUUUGCAGUGUAAUUAAAGUGUUACUUCAAGUGUAAUCAAUGUCUUUUUUUUUUCUUUUCUUUUUUUUUUU